AUGGCGUGCAACGCCCAGGCAGGCCGAUUCAUGUUCGUCGAGUACUCCAAGCCGGUGGAACCAGCCAAGGGACAGAAGAAGCGACGAGGGGGCCCAAGCGAGGUCCGCGCGCAUAUCACGAAAAACUACCACCGAACCCUGCGCGUCAAACGCCUGGAAUCGCUGAAGCAAGGCGAGGUGCCCCCCUUCUUGGGGACCUUCCAACGCCAGGACUCGUCGGAGGGGAAUGAGGACGACGAAUUUCCGGACCCCGGAGUCAUCAAUCAAGCGUCCUGGUCCACAGGCAAUGCCGAUCAGACGAUAUCACCGUCCGCGCCAAUGUCAGCGUGGACAAAGCCAUCUCCCAGCACGACCGCGACCACGACCACUACGUCCUGGUCGUCAGAAGCCCCGCGCCGAUCCUCGACGAACGAAGAUCUCACGCUCCGGCUCAAUACUUCGUUUGGCCUUCAAACCGUGCUAGGCGAGGGACGAAUCGAUCCAUUUGACGUCCUCCCCGCGCAGGGAAUGCCAAUGUUUGUGCACCAGGUUCUCGAUCACGCGCUCGUCCACUCAUGGCCCAACACCGUCCCUGUCAAACGGUCUCUCGCGCCGAUAAACCCUGUCAAGAGCAGCUGGCUCAAAAUGGCGAUGGAGCAUCCUGUGGCCUUCCAUGCUUUUCUCUACGCCACAUCCUUCCACAUCCUCUGCGCCCACCAAGGCCACGAGAUCAACGACUCGGCCGCACUCCUCCGUCUGUCCCACAAAGUCGAGACCAUCAAACUCGUCAACGAACAGCUGCAGAAUCUGAGCCUUGUACCAAAACGAAAGGCCACCGGAGCAGCCGCCGCCGCCGCAGCCCGGUACGGAGAGGAAGAAGAGAAGAGAGCUCCACCCAAGUCGAUGGGGAUGGGAACAGGGCCGACCGAUGCUUUGAUCAUGGCGGUCACGAUUCUGAGUAUCCACAGUCAGCGGGACGAGUCCGUCUAUGCCAAGAUUCACGCGCAGUCACCGCUCGCAAGACUCAAUCAUCUCGAUAUUUACGGCUCGAUGAUCAACGACGAAAAGCACAUUCAAGGGAUCAGGCUGCUGGUCGGUCAGAAAGGCGGGCUGGAUGCAAUCGAGUGCUAUGGCAUGGCUGACACGAUGCAGUUAUGCGAUCUCUAUUUCGCCUCCAAAUAUGCAUGCAGGCCGACUUAUCCGUGGCGCAAGCCCGUGAGGUCCCUUGUCAUGGAGGGAAAACAUGUGCUCGAUCACACCGCCAUUGAGUUGGACUCGAAGCUUGGAUCCGGCUUUCGCUACCUGCGUCACACAUCCACUGGUCAACAACUGCUCGAUGUGCUGGAUGCGUACUCCGAGAUCACCGUGGCGCUGGAUCAUCAUGUACGUGGUGGUCCGACAGCGCCGGAACUGGUCGAUCUGAUGGAAGUGCGCAACUGCACACAGCAUCGCCUGCUGUCUGGGCUGCCGAAUCCGGUGGACCUCUCAGAUCCAGAACUGUGUCUUCAUCACGCGGUGCGCCUGGCGAGCCUGAUAUUCAGCGACAUGGUCAUCUUCCCGCUACCACCGACGCAAGGAGUAAAACCGAGACUUGCUCUGAUGUUACGUCAGACCCUGGAGACUUGCCAUCUCCACCGGUAUUGGGAACUGCACAACCAGGUGUUGAUAUGGGCUCUUACUCUUGGGGCCAUCGCCGCAAGUUAUACGGCACAGAGAUCGUGGUAUAUCGACCAGCUCCUGCAAGAAACUUCAAUUAUGCAGAUUGAGGACUGGUCCGUAUUGGAGUCAAUAUGCUCCAGAUUCUUGUGGUGGAAGCCAAUCUGCAGCGAACCGCUGGAAUGGCUAUGGAACGAGAUGAUUUCAACGAUCAACGUGACUUGA